CCGCAUCGAGGUUGUCUUCUACGCAUGCUGUAGGACUUAGACGAAACAAGGAACGUUGUACAAUCGGGUGGUCAGUGUGACGUUCGUCCGCGUACAUAAGCUGCUGCGCAUUUGCUGCAUAGCAUAGUAAGUGCGUUUCAAGACUGGCUGAACCUUAGGCACGGCUGGCACAUAGCCUUAUAGACCUCGCCACGUACCCAUCCCAACCCUCCACCCCGUCGGCCGAAGCGUCGGCCUCGGUAUGGUGAAGGUUUGUAGUGCACUGCUUCAGUUUAUUAGGGCUAGCAGGAACAGGGGCGCUGUCCUCGACAGCGCUGACAAGGAACCGCAGCUCCUCCAAUAUGGCUACGCUGGCACAACGUGUCCCUGCCGCCGAUUCGCACCCGCUAGACCAGCUGUCGCCGAACGAAAUUCGGCGGGCUGUCGAGGCGUGCAAGCUGUACGCGGUUGCCAAUGGCGUCAGCCAUCUGCGCUUCAACACAGUCAUGCUGCGGGAGCCGCCCAAACGGGCCCUACUGGCGUAUGAGCGAGGCAGCGGACCGCGUCCCGAGCGCCUCGCCGAGUGCAUUCUCAUCCUGCCGUACACCUCCCGCGCGGUGGAGGCGAUGGUGCGGCUGGGCGCGCCGGGGGCAGCGGCAGGGGCAGCGACACCGCCCCCCGCCCCCGCCCCGGUAGCAGCUGAGGUGGUCAGCUGGAAGGAGCUUGAGGGCGUGCAGCCGCUGACCACCCCGGACGACAACUUCGAGGCGGAGGCGGUGGUGCGGGCCGACCCGCGGGUCGCCCAGCUGCUGGCGGAGCGCUACGGCGUCACGGAUGUGGCCAACCAGCUCAUUUGCGACACCUGGGCCUGCCACCAUGCACCCCAGGAGUUCAACCACCGCCGUCUCAUGCAGGGUUUCCUGUACCUGAAGCUGUCCGGCCCGCACGACAACGAGUACGCACACCCGCUGGACCUAGUGCCGCUGGUGGACCUCAAUGAACGCAAGGUCAUCCACAUCGACAUGUACUCCCGGCCUCCCCCCGUGCCCACCACGCCCGCCAACUACCACCCCACCCUGGCCGACCGGCCCCCGCGCACCGACCUGCGCCCGCUCCAUGUGGUGCAGCCGCAGGGUCCCAGCUUCUCCCUGCGCGGCGGCUGCCUGCACUGGCAGCGCUGGCGGCUGCGGGUGGGGUUCACGGGUCGGGAGGGGCUGGUGCUGCACGGGGUGGGGUACGAGGAGGGCGGGCGGGUGCGGCCGGUGCUGCACCGGGGCUCGCUGGUGGAGAUGGCGGUGCCGUACGGAGACCCCAACGUCCCCUACAUCCGCAAGUGCGCCUUCGAUGUGGGCGACUACGGGCUGGGUCUGUGCGCCAACAGCCUGGCACUGGGCUGCGACUGCCUGGGGCACAUCGCAUACCUGGAUGCGGUGGUCAACAACGCAAGGGGUGACCCGGUGCUCAUUCCCAAGGCCAUCUGCAUCCACGAGGAGGACGCGGGCAUUUGCUGGAAGCACUUCGACUGCCGAUCUGGCGAGUCUCAGGUUCGCCGCUCCCGGCGCCUGGUGGUGUCCUCCGUGUCCACCUUCAUGAACUACGAGUACGCCUCCUACUGGCACCUCUACACGGACGGCAGCAUCGCAUUCGAACUCAAACUGACGGGCAUCCUGUCAACCAGCAUCGCCCCCGCCGGCGAGUCCGACCCCCCCUUCGGUGUGCGCGUGAGCCCCGGUGUGAACGCCACCGUGCACCAGCACUUCUUCUGCAUGCGGCUGGACCUGGCGAUUGACGAUGAGGAGGGGGGCAGGAACCUGAUUGUGUCGGAGGUGGAGUCCGUGCCGCUGCCCCCCGGCCCCCCCGCCAACCCCGCCGGCAACGCCUUCCGCAUGGUGGCCCGCGACCUGACCUCCACGGGGGCGGCGCAGAGGUGCCACAACUUCCCGACCGCUCGGUUCUGGUCCAUUCGCAACCCCGGCCGCCUCAACCCCGUGUCAGGCAGGCCCCUGGCAUACCGCCUCAUGCCGGCUGCAAGCCCCUUCAUGCAGGCCCACCCCUCCAGCCUGGUCGCCCGCCGAGCACUGUUCGCCUCCCGGCAGCUGUGGGUGACCCCCCACUGCGACUCCCAGCGCUACCCCGCGGGGGACCACGUGGUGCAGAGCGAGCGGUGCAGGGGGCUGGCGGAGUGGACACAGCAGGACACCCCGCUGCGUGGCGCCGACCCGGUGCUGUGGUACAGCUUCGGGGUCACCCACGCACCCCGGGUGGAGGACUUCCCCGUGAUGCCGGUGGAGGUCUGCGGCUUCAGCCUCAAGCCCGACGGCUUCUUCGCCGCCAACCCCGCCAUCGACCUGCCGCCCACUCGGGACACGGCUAGCAGGGAGGAGAGCGCGCAGGGGGCGGAGCAUCAGCAGCAGCAGCAGGGGGUGGCGGGAGGAGGGAGCUGCUGCGGUGAAACCGCCACCACCCCCGCCGCUGCCCCCGCCACCCCCGCCGCUGCCUGCUGCGGUCCGCUGGCAAAGCUGUAGCAGCAGCUGAUGCAGGGGGAGGGGUAAAAGGCCCUCAGUGCACGCCUGUAUAACAGCAUGAAGAGGGCUAUGUAUGUAUUAUACGUAUACGUAGGAGGAGGCGGGUUUUGUACCAUUAUUGCCGCUGUACCAGUAUUUUUUAUCUCCGUUUGGUCUCAUAACAGCCGCUCCUCCGUAUCGCUUCUUCGGUACUGCAUCUGUAUUGCAUGGCUUAUGUACACUUUUUGACGCACCUAUUGGCUGCUGGCCGUGUAUGAAGUAUUCCUUGUUUCCCUUGUUGGCAUGUUGAGGUGCCGCUGCCGUGUAUAAAAUAGCUUAUUCGCGUAUCAACCACGUGCUACCGCCGUGUGUUUUAAGAAAACUUACCGCGAGUGUGCGAGUGUGUGUGUGUGUGUGUAUGUACUGCCGUACUUUGCGCCCCUGAGGUUACCGCUGAGGGGGCGAGGGGGACUUGUGAGCGCCGCCUGCCGCCAUAGAGGUAUCAAUGAGAAGAAGAAGGGUAUUGACGCUAUUGAUGAGAGAGGGAGAGUGCGAGGAGGGGUCCAUUCAUGGCCGCCGGGUUUGUUGGGGUUGGGCUGCCGCGUCAAAGAUGUGGAGGAUGUGGAGGGGAGGUGUACCGUGUACGUCUGCGCGGCAUCCUUGGCUGGUGCGCUCAAGUUGUGUUGGCAGCAGCAGUUGUAAGUUGCGAUGUUGCGCUGUUUUCGGGUGCCCCGCGGGUGGCCGUGCGUGGAGGCUGCGCGGGACGUGCAUGGGGCCGCCAAGGUGGGUGCCAAGGCGUGUGGGUGCCUGGGGGAGGCUGGCGGCGGUGCAAGGGGCCUCGGGGGGCGCCUAGCACCGUACGCCGCGGCAGCUCCGUAGCGCGGGAAGCGGGAGGGGUGAGGUGAGCUGAGCUGGGGGGCCGGCUGCACUCCUGCAGAGGUGCUGGUGGCUGCCGCCCCAUCCGGCUUGAUGCAGGCAGGGGUCUGUGGUAAGAGUACCAUCAUACGCUACAGUACUGGACUUGACUCCACGUCAAUAAGCAUUGCGUGCACAGGAAUCUCAAAUUCCUCUCGAAACAACAGCCUACGAACCCCUCCAUGCCCCAUGUUGCCAGCUCGUGCUGUGCAGCCCCAGCAGCACUCCCCUGUCUCGUACAGGAUUGGCCACGACUAUACCCGGUAG